AGAAGAAACAUUUGCCAAGCCUGUGAUUACGGUGCAUUCGGGUGACUCUAGAUUACUCUGUUUGGUGAUGCAAGAGAUAGAAGCAGGGAGUGACAAUAGACUCAUGUGCCUGAUGACUGGCUGCCAUGCAGGAUGGAUUGGUAGGGGCUGGAAUGAAAAAAUAUAAACAAGACAUAAUUAUCCUGCCAGGAGUUAGUGAUCGCACUUGGGAGGUGAGAGAGAAGGGUCAUUCGUGCAGUGUGCCUGCCAAUGACUGUCAGGAUCAGCUGUUUUCUCAGCUGACAGGAUGACGCUGGUUAAGAGAAUGACUUGGCAUCAGAUCAUCCACCACCCUGUGUGACCUCAGGCAAGCGAAUUAACCUUUCUGGCCCUCAGUCUUCUAAUCUGAAAAACUAACAUGCCUACCUCCCAUGGGAUGCUGUGAGAAUUAAGUAUUACCAAAUGGAGUUUUAGUUUGGUGCCUCAUUUGGGACAGUCCCUAAAUAAAUCAUAGCCAUCACUGAUAAUACCUUCCCUACCUUCCUUUUAUGUUCUUCCUGAGUGCUGAUGAGUGAAAAUGAAAGGGGUAGGAGUGGUAUGUUCAAAACCAGAGUAUAUUAAAUAUGAAAGGCUUACUGGACCUAUUAAUUUCUCUAAGACAAGGAACUGAGUAAAUAAAUGGCUUUUGUAUCUGGAACGCAUAGAUGGAUCCAUUAAACCGUAAACUGGUUCAUAAUAGUAUGUAACUCAAAAAUACGAUGUCUGAAAAAUAAAUUUUGUAUCUGCAGAAAAACCAUUUCAAAAGCGCAGACUACGGGUGACAUGCUCAUUGAUGCACUGUAACAUGAUUAAAGAGUUUACUCUUUUUGUGGGUGUGUGAAAACAUUAAGUGUAAUCUUUUCUAAGUACAUUUGCAUACUAAUGAAAUGCAAAACAGUCUCUGGAAACAGCUGAGUGAGUUACAAGGCGCCUCACUGGAAUGGGACAGGCAAGGUCCCAUCCUGCACGAGAUAAAUACACCCGAAAUGCAGAACAUUUUGUCUUCAUAAUUCAACUUUUGUUUCUAGUGUUGCGUAAAAAGGCGUCCUUCCAACGACUACUUUUUUUAAUGCAUUGAUUCCUACCAUUCUUAGAGGUUGUGUUUUAUCAAAUGACAACAUACGGGAAAUGAUCUGUAAAGUGCAAAGCCUUAUCCAGAUGAAUAGCUGUUUCCAUCACCGACGGUCAAUCUACGAGGUCUGGACACGCCACCUUCCCAACGAGUCAGGUUCCGGUGCCAUCAGGCUAAAAAUGGAGCCGGUUAAGCGGCAGCUGUGCCUCAUUUCCCUCUUUUAGCUCCGCUCUUGCCUGCCCCACAGCCGGGUCAGCCCACCUUCGUUUCGCACGUAGAGCUGCACCACUAGGAACCCGACAGGGCGGGAGACUUCAGCGCGGCCAAUUUUCUUCCGUGCCGGCUCCUUUUCUGCCCGGGGAGUCCUAGGCCAGCGAUCGCUCGGCCCUCCGCUGCUCUUGCCUGCCGUUGCUAGGAGUCGGGGUCGCGCAGACGCCCUGUGGGUGGCCGCGGUCUGCCAGGCCAGCGGUAGCUCGGCUCUCCAAUACUCUUGCCUGCCGGUUGCUAGGAGUCGAGGAUCCGCAGGCGCUCUGGGGAAGGCCGAGGGGCAUGCCGGGCCAGCAGUAGUUCCGCUCUCCUCAGCGCGAGCCUGCCGGUUGCUAGGAGUCCGCGACGCCGGCCCAGCGGGGGAUUAACACCGCGGGCCCCUCCUACCCCCGCCUCGCUUGUGGCGCGUAGCGCGGCGCGCCUCCAGGGCCUGCGAACGGCGAUGGAGUCCGGGAAGAGAAGAACCAAAGAUGAUACAUGGAAAGCAGAUGACCUCAGAAGACACCUUUGGGCUGCACAGUCGGGGACUCCCAGGGAGGAGAAGAAGCACAAGGAGAAGAAGUUACAUAAGGACUUGGACACAAACGUCCCAGACCUCGAGGAUCAGAAGCCCCGGGACCCAGACCGGGAGACCAAGCGCCGAGAGAGGGUGGCGGACAGAGACGGCCACAGCUCCAGAGAGCAUCCCCAUGGGAACAGAGACAGGGAGAAGCCUCGGGAGAGGAGAAGGGAUGCCCAGGAUGGGGACAGAGAGAGGCUGAGGGACGAGGCCCGAGAGCAGGACGUGGAGAAGCAUCAGAGCCGAGGCAAAGACCGGGAAAGGGAGAGGGACCGAGAGCGUGACCGAGAGCACCAUGCACGGUGGGAGGAGCCCAGGCUGGCCACCACGCACCACAACCUGCUGGGCCUGGACACACGCAGGCUGCCCCCCGACCUACACAAGCACAGGACGCGGUCAGUAAGUAAAGUAAGGGCUGAAGAGAAGGAGAGGAGAGAGGAGGAGUCGGAAAGAGAUGAGGAGAGAGAAAGAAGAUACCGGGAAAGGAAGUUGCAGUACGGGGACAGCAAGGACAACCCCCUCAAGUACUGGCUCUACAAGGAGGAGGAGGGGAGAAGACACCGGAAGCACAGAGAGCCCGACCGAGGGAAGAAGCAUCAGGAGAAGAGCAGUACCAGGGAGAGAAGGGAGCGGCACUCAAAAGAGAAAGGCAGCUCGCUCUCCGAAAGGGAAGGGGACGCAGGGCACAAAGAGAGGCGCCGUGAGGAAGGUGGCCACUUUAGUGACGAGAGGCACCACAGCCGUGCGGACAGAAGGGAGAGGUCGUCGAAAGAAGAGCGCAGGAAAAGGGAGCCCAAGAACGGUGAACACAGAAAGCCAGGUGGAAGCUCAAAGAGAGAAAGAGACGGGACUGGCGGCCAGCAUGCAGAGACCACGGUGAGGAGCAGUGGGAGAGAGAAGGACGCGAGGAGGAAGGAAAUUGAAAAGGAAGACAUUGACUUAGAAAAUGUUGGAGCUGGUGGCUAUACGGCCAACAGAGAGGACUACGAAGACGACUUUGAGGUUUGUGACGGCGACGACGACGACGGGACCGACGGGCCAGAAGCGAGAGAGAAGACGGAAGAGCUCCCCCCGGCCAGAAGGAAGGAGAUACAGGACGUCCAGGACGCCAUCGACGCCGAGAACGAGCGGGUCGGCGAGCUGGCUUCGCGGCUGAAGCACGGCAGGACGGAGCCCGAGAGGGACCCGGAGACGGAUGCAAACGGUUCGUCUUCCAGAACUCCUGUCUGUGGAAUAUUUGUGGAUUUUGCAACCGCCUCACACCGUCAAAAGAGUCGGACUCAGGCCGUGAAGCAAAAGGUGCGCAGCACGAAGCUGCUCCGGCUCAUCGACCUGGACUUUUCGUUCACGUUCUCGCUCUUGGAUCUGCCACCCGUGAACGAAUACGACAUGUACAUCAGAAACUUCGGGAAGAAGAACACCAAGCAGGCGUACGUGCAGUGCAACGAGGACCGCGUGGACCGCGACGCGCAGACGGAGGAGACGGAGGCGCGGGAGGUGUGGACGCAGCACCCGGGGGAAGGCUCGGCCGUGUCUGGGGGGAGCGGGAGCAGAGGCCCCUGUGCUGCGGACGUGCUGAAGGUCAACACGCCCCGCCUGUCCGGCUUCCUCCGGGCGGCCUGCCAGGUGGUGGCGGUUCUGCUGGAAGAGGACCGUGUGGCGGUGGCCCCCGGCGGGACCCCCGGCGCGCAGGACAGCGCCCUGCCCCUCAGCACCAGCUCCUCGCCGCUGAACACCAGCCUGCCCUUCCUGCAGCAUCGGAGCGUGUCCUGCCUGCACGCCUCUCGGGCCCAGAGGCGCACGGUGGUGUCCGUGCACGGUCUGCCCGGGAAGGCCUUCGCCGCGCCGCUGGACGGCAGACACCUGCUCUGCGUGUGGGACAUCCGGCAGCCCUCGGGGCCUCAGAGGGUCCUGGUCUGUGAGCCGCAGGUCACCUGCUGCUGCCUGAGCCCCUCCAAGGCCAUCCUGCUGUUCGCGGGAACCGCCCACGGCUCGGUCCUCGUGUGGGACCUCAGAGAGGACGCACGGAUGCACUGCUACGUCAGGCUGAGCGACUACUGCUGGACGUUCCGGACGGCGACCUUCUCCACGGACGGCCUCCUCUCCCCCUCGAGCCACCGCAGCCCGCUGCGCGCCGUGGAGCCCGUCUCGGCGUCCGGCUGCAAGAAGCAGAGUCUUGUCCUCUCGCCCUUCCCAGCCCAAGAAGAGAUGUCGGGCCUGUCGUUCCACGUCGCCUCCUUGGACGAGAGCGGGGUCCUCAACGUGUGGGUGGUGGUUGAGCUGCCGAAGGCGGAUGCGGCAGGCUCGGUGAGCGAUCUAGGGUUACUGCCUGGAGGGAGGAUCAAGUUGGUGCACAGCACCGCGACUCACCUGAGUGACAGCCUGGCCCACCGAGGCGAUGGUUGCUGGGGGACCCCACAGACACUGAGCAUCAGAUUUCUGCCCACGGACCCUGACCGCUUCGUCGUGGGCACCAACGUGGGUGUUGUAGGCCAUGGUGCCAGGCAGGGUCUGAGGGUGCCCCCCAAGUGCUUCAGGCCCCGCCAGCGAGGCCCAAGGCCCGUCAGCGUGAGCACGAUCGACUUCUCGCCGUUUGGGGAGCCACUGUUCCUGGCCGGCUGCAGCGACGGGAGCAUCCGGCUUCACCAGCUGGCCCGCGAGCAGCCGCUCCUGCAGUGGGACCACAGCACCGGGGGCCGCGCCGUCUCCGGCCUGCAGUGGUCCCCCACCAGGCCCGCGGCCUUCUUCGUCUGGGACGAGGCAUCCUGCCUGCACGUGUGGGACCUCCUGGAGAGCGACCUGGGCCCCGUGGCCACGCACCAUGUCUCCCCAGACGGGCUGGUGGCCUUGACCGUCGUGGGUGAGCCCGAGAAAACCAGCGGCAGCUUCCUGGCCCUGGUGAUGGCCAGAGCCUCGGGCCUCGUGGACGUGCAGUACGUGAAGAGCGAGUGGGCGGCCCCGGUGCCGGACGAGCAGAGGCAGCUGCGGCGGCUCCUGCAGCAAGUGCUCUAGGGGGGGGACAGCGGGGCGUCGUCCCGUGGGGCCCGUCACGCGUGGGCGUGUAUAUUGUGUACAUAGAAAACGUAUGUUCUGUACAGAAUCUAUUUUACGGGAUGUCACGUCAGCGUUCCCAGAAAUAAAUCACUGUUUUUGAAUGGAAA